AUGGAGGUGAAGGCAACUCCAACAUUAGAGGAUCACACAAUAACAACACUCUACGAAGCAUCACUAAAGGGUUGUGUAAGUACCCUACAAACCCUGAUCCAUAGGAACCCUCUAAUUCUGAAUAGAGUUUCACUCUCUCCCUUCAGUGACACCCCAUUACACAUAGCCUCUUUGCUUGGACAUUUCGAAUUCUGUGAGGCUCUUGUCAAAAUAAAACCCAGUUUAGUUAGUGAAGCUGACUCCGAAGGACGUUUCCCUCUUCAUCUGGCUUGUGCCGAAGGGCACAGUGAGGUUGUGAAAUUACUUUUGCUCACAAACCCCGAUGUUUGCUAUGCUGUAGACAAAGAUGACAUGCUUCCUCUCCACUUGGCUGCAAUGAGGGGACGCGUAGGAGCUAUUCAAGAGUUGAUCAAAACAAGACCAGACUCCAUUCAUCGUAUCACUGACAAUGGAUCUGUUUUGCACUUUUGUGUUAGGUAUAAUCAUUUGGAGGCCUUGAAAUUCUUUAUGCAAUCAGCAACAAUGAACCAAGAGUUUCUGCUUGCCGAAGACAAAGAGGGUAACACAGUUCUGCAUCUAGCAGUGAAGCUCAAACAAAUUAAGACCAUAAAAUACUUACUCACGCUACCAGAAAUGAGAACAGCAGCUAGAGCUUUAAACGAAGCAGGCUUAACAAAUUUUGAGGUGAUGGAGAGUGGUCCAAGAGAUUUCAUAACCCUAAAAAUCGAACACAUGCUAACUGAAGCUGGAGUUCAAAUGAUCACUGAAAAACAACAAGGAUCAUCGUCAGCAUCACCAUCACCAAGCAUCAUCCCUACUCAACCACCACAAGAAGCCAAGAGAAUGAAACUCUGGGAGACCCUAUGGUUAAAAUACCUGCAAUACCGACCAAAUUGGAUAGAAGAGAAACGUGGGAGUUUGAUGGUAGUGGCCACUGUGAUAGCCUCCAUGACUUUUCAGUCAGUAAUUAGUCCACCAGGUGGGGUUUGGCAAGAAGACACUUUCUCUGGUGGACUCAAUUGCAGUUCUUAUGGCAUAUGUAAAGGAGGCACUGCAGUUUUGGCUUAUGAUUUGGCACAUGAAGGGUUCCUAAGAUUCGCGACAUUCAACACUGUCUCAUUCUUUUCUUCUCUUUGCGUGGUGAUGGUGCUCAUUAGCGGACUUCGGGUUGACAACAAGCCCAUGAUGUCGAUGUUGACCAUUGUGUUGUUCUUGGCACUCUCUUCAAUAAGUCUGGCUUACGUUUCUGCACAGCGAUUGGUGACACCAAAUCACCUUGCCCACAGAAUUGAUACCGUGAACGCGCCUCUCCGUACGGUUUGGAAAAUCAUAAUUGCAGUUGUGGUUUUGUUUCACUUUCUUCACUUGUUCAUCUUAUGUGCGAAGAAGUUCCAGGUCAAAAUGCUAUCUAACUCAAAUCCUUUACCACUGUUCACUGGAUCAGAUUGA